AUGGAGGCGGGUGUGGCUACUAUUCUGGUAGCUGUGCUUCUUGGUCUGAUGUACACUUCGGUUGGCGGGGACCUAUGUGCCACGCCUCACGAAAACCGGGUGGACUGCGGCUGGGCUGGCAUUGCUCCAGGAGAGUGUACCGGACUGGGAUGCUGCUAUGAUGAUUCAGUUUGGGACACAAUAUGGUGUUUUCCCAAGAUGGACGAAGAUGAGUGCGCCACUGCAAAUGGCGGCUGUGCACAUCUCUGCACGAACACAGAUGGAAGUUUCUUCUGUUCCUGUUUUGCUGGUUACAGCCUGAAUGGCGAUGGGUUCUCGUGUGACGACGUGAAUGAAUGUGCUUCUGCAAAUGGCGGAUGUGCACAGACUUGCACCAACAACGUGGGGAGUUUCCAGUGUUCUUGUGGAGUUGGCUACAGUCUUAAUACCAACGGGUACUCAUGUGACGACGUGAACGAAUGUGGUUCUGCGAACGGCGGAUGUGCCCAGACUUGCACCAAUACCAUCGGGAGUUUCCAGUGCUCUUGUGGGGCUGGUUACACCCUGCAUGGCGGUGGGCUGUUGUGUAACGACGUGAAUGAAUGCUCCUCUGCGAAUGGCGGCUGUGCAGAGACUUGCACCAACAGCCCCGGGAGUUUCCAGUGUUCUUGUGGAGUUGGCUACAGUCUGAAUACCAAUGGGUACUCAUGUAACGGUAAGUAUGUAUACGUGAAUGAAUGUGCUUCUGCUAACGGCGGCUGUGCGCAGACUUGCACAAACAACGUGGGGAGUUUCGUGUGUUCAUGUGGAGUUGGAUACACUCUGAAUGCCGGUGGGCUGUUGUGUGACGACGUGGAUGAAUGCGCAGUUGGCAAUGGUGGCUGUACCCAGGCUUGCUCAAACACUGUCGGAAGUUUCGAGUGUGGCUGUGGGGGUGGCUACACCGUAGAUACCGGCGGGUUGUGUCACGACGUGAAUGAAUGUGCUUCUGCUAACGGUGGAUGUGCCCAGACUUGCACUAACAACGUGGGGAGUUUCGUGUGUUCAUGUGGAGUUGGCUACACUCUGCAUGCCGGAGGGCUGCUUUGUGAUGACGUGGAUGAAUGUGCCUCUGCGAAUGGCGGGUGUGCCCAGGCUUGCACCAACACCAUCGGGAGUUACAACUGUGGUUGUGGGCCUGGCUAUACUUUGAAUGGACAGACGUGUGACGACGUGGAUGAGUGCGCUACUGCUAACGGCGGUUGUGAGCAGACGUGCACUAACAACAUCGGCAGUUUUGUGUGUUCGUGUUCAGCUGGGUAUAACUUGAACAUUGACGGCUUUACAUGUGGCGCCGCAGCAUGUCCCGUGUUAUCAGCCCCUACAAACGGUGCAGUGACUGGAACUAACUUCUAUCAAGAUGUGGCAACGUUCACGUGUGAUACUGGAUACGACCUUGUGGGAAGUUCUUCAUUAACUUGCCAAGCUGAUACCACGUGGAGCGGAGCAUCCCCUACUUGCACAGGUAUGACAUGUCCGCUGCUGACAGCUCCUGCAAAUGGUGCAGUAAUUGGAACCAAUUUCUAUCAAGACGUGGCAACGUUCACGUGUGAUACUGGAUACGAUCUUGUAGGAAGUUCCACAAUAACUUGCCAAGCUGAUGCUACAUGGAGUGGGGCCGCCCCAACAUGCACACGGAAGGAGUGCCCACUACUGACAGCUCCUACAAACGGUGCAGUGACAGGAUCAAAUUUCUAUCAAGACGUGGCAACGUUCACGUGUGAUUCUGGAUACGACCUUGUAGGAGGUUCCACAAUAACUUGUCAAGCUGAUGCCACAUGGAGUGGAGCUGUUCCAACAUGCACACGCAAUCAGUGUCCGCUACUGACAGCUCCUACAAACGGAGCAGUGACUGGAUCUAACUUCUAUCAAGACGUGGUAACGUUCACGUGUGAUUCUGGAUACAACCUGGUAGGAAGUUCUACAUUAACUUGCCAAGCUGAUGCCACAUGGAGUGCGGCCGCCCCAACAUGCACACUCAAUCAGUGUCCGCUACUGACAGCUCCUACAAACGGAGCAGUGACUGGAACUAACUUUUAUCAAGACGUGGCAACGUUCACGUGUGAUACUGGAUACAACCUUGUAGGAAGUUCUACAUUAACUUGUCAAGCUGAUGCCACAUGGAGUGGGGCCACUCCUACAUGCACACGUAAUGAGUGUCCGCUACUGACAGCUCCUACAAACGGUGCAAUGACUGGAUCUAAUUUCUAUCAAGACGUGGCAACGUUCACGUGUAAUUCGGGAUACAACCUUGUUGGGAAUCCCACAAUAACCUGCCAAGCUGAUACCACAUGGAGUGGAACCGUCCCAACAUGCCAACGCAAGCAAUGCCCAGUACUGACAGCCCCUGCAAACGGUGCGAUGACUGGAUCAAAUUUGUAUCAAGACGUGGUACAGUUCACGUGUGGUUCUGGAUACGAUCUUGUAGGGAAUCCUUCAAUAACUUGCCAAGCUGAUGCCACAUGGAGUGGGGCCGUCCCUACAUGCCAACGUAAGCAGUGCCCGCUACUGACAGCUCCUGCAAACGGUGCAAUGACUGGAUCAAAUUUUUACCAAGAUGUGGCACAGUUCACGUGUGAUACAGGUUACGAUCGUGUAGGAAAUGCUGCAGUAACUUGCCAAGCUGAUGCCACAUGGAGUGGAAACGUCCCAACAUGCACACGCAAGCAAUGCCCGCUACUGACAGCUCCUGCAAACGGUGCAGUGACUGGAUCUAACUUCUAUCAAGACGUGGCAGCGUUCACGUGCGAUUCUGGAUACGACCUGGUUGGGAAUCCUGUAUUAACAUGCCAAGCUGAUGCUACUUGGGAUUUAACCGUUCCAAUAUGCACACGCAAGCAAUGCCCUGUACUGGCUGCUCCUUUGAACGGUGCAAAGAUUGGAUCUAACUUCUAUCAAGACGUGUUGCAGUUUACGUGUGGCACUGGAUACAAUCUUGUAGGGAAUCCCUCAAUAACAUGCCAAGCUGAUGCCACAUGGAGUGGGGCCGUCCCAACAUGCCAACCGGUGGAGUGCCCUCUACUGACAGCUCCUGUAAACGGUGGAAUGACUGGAUCCAAUUUCUAUCAAGACCUGGUGCACUUCACAUGCAUUCCUGGAUACGAACUUGUUGGAAGUUCUUCCUUAGCAUGUCGAGCUGAUGCCACAUGGAGCGGAACCGUCCCAACAUGCACACGUGUGCAGUGCCCAGUGUUGCCGUCUCCCAUGAAUGGUGUUACGACUGGCCCCAACUUCUACAUGGACACGGUUCACUUCACGUGUAACUUAGGAUAUUAUCUGAUCGGAGAUUCCAGUUCCACCUGUCGAGCAGAUCAAUCUUGGAGCAACAACGUCCCUUCAUGCAGCGACAUCAAUGAAUGUUCAGCUGCAAAUGGUGGCUGUGACCAUGUGUGCACCAACACCAUCGGUACAUUUCACUGCUCCUGCGUAACUGGCUACAAUUUGAAUGCAGACGGUGCUUCUUGUGAUGACAUCAAUGAAUGUAACUUUGGAAACGGUGGCUGUCAACAAAACUGUAUCAACCUCAUCGGAAGCUUCCACUGCUCCUGUGGGAUUGGCUACGAGUUAAAUAGUGAUGGUUUCUCCUGUGAUGACAUUAACGAAUGCCUGUCUGCAAACGGUGGCUGUCAGCAGAUAUGUACUAAUGUCAUCGGAAGUUUUCAGUGCUCGUGCCUGAUUGGCUACCUCCUAAACAUCGAUGGGUUUACUUGUGACGACGUGGAUGAAUGUGGUGCUGGAAAUGGUGGAUGUGAGCAGACUUGUACCAAUCUUAUCCCGAGUUUCCAAUGUUCGUGUGGUGUUGGCUACAACCUGAAUGUCAACGGGUUCUCAUGUGAUGACCUGAAUGAAUGCUCAAAUGCAAACGGUGGUUGCGAGCAGACUUGUACCAACACCGUCCCCGGUUUUCAGUGUUCGUGUGGAAUCGGCUUCAACUUAAAUGGAAAUGGGCUUUCCUGUGACGAUAUAAACGAAUGCAAUACUGCCAAUGGCGGUUGCUCCCAGGUUUGCAACAACACCAUCGGUAGUUAUGACUGCUUCUGUCGCACAGGAUACGAGCUGAAUGUCGACGGGUUUGCCUGUGAUGACAUAGAUGAAUGUGACACUGCAAACGGAGGCUGUGGGCAGUUCUGUACCAAUACUGUGGGAAACUUCAGCUGUUACUGUGCACCUGGCUACAGUCUGCAGGUGGACAGUUUUGCAUGUGAUGGGCUCCCGCCUCCUACCAAUGUGACCUUUAGUCUGGACAGCCGUGAGUCGGUCACUGUACAUUGGUCACAGCCUGGUCAGACCGUGGUGCUGGGCUACAGGGCGUGGCUGACAGACAAGGAAACCAUGUCCGUCACAUCUUCACGGCAUCUUCCUCAGUCAGCUACUGCGGCUACCUUCACGUCUCUAGCUCCUGCUACAGAGUAUGUGGUGUCAGUAAGCUGUGUCAGCGCGUUCUUCGAGGGACCACUAACUGAAGUAACAUUCGUAACAGAGACCGACCCUCCAGUGCGACUAUUUGUGGACGGCAUACUUUUUGACAGUUUGGCCCUGUUUUGGACCCCGCCAGUUGCCAGGCUUAUAGGCUACGAGCUCACGUUCGGCAGCAUAGAACAACACAGGAGACGACGAUCCACAGUUUCUGUCACCCUUCCUGCUAACAGUGAUAACUAUCUGAUCCAGGAUCUGGUCCCUGCCACUCAGUACGUGUUCAGCUUGACGGCGGUCAGUCGUUUUGGGCGGAGCACAACAAUAACAUUAACGGGCAUAACAGGCACUGAUCCACCAUCUGACCUGAAAGUUCACAAGGUUUCCUCCACCUGGCUGUAUGUGAAAUGGACACCACCUGUCGCAGCUGUUGUCUCUUAUCACCUGGAGGUAAUAGAACCUUCAAGCCAGGUCGAGAUGCACUUUAGCAUAGCCCCUUCUUUAACUGAUUUCAACGUAACGAAUCUCAUCCCAACGACAAAGUACACCAUCCGGAUUGUAGCCGUCAGCGUGUACGGACGCAGUGUCAACAUUGAGACCUUUGGUAGCACAGAUUCUACAACAGAUUUAAAACGAUUUGUGUUGGAGGAACUCGAAACGACAACGAUGUCUCCUGGAACAGUUAACGGCUAUGGCAGCGGGGUGCGCCAUACUAUAACAACGGCACUUAGUCUCUUCCAAAGGAUUAAACGUCUGGAAUAUCAAGUGGCUCAGUCCUUGCGAGAAGGAACAUCUUCGGAAAAUACCUUCAGCAUCAUAAGAGAAAUCCAUGAUCUGUUCAGAAUGGACACAUUCCCAGUGUCGUCAACUGACUUUCUUAUUGAACUGGAAGCAGCUAUAGAACUGUACAGCAAAUCUUCUGAACUUAUAAGAGCGUCACAGGGGACAAAAAUAUCAACGAUGGAGAAGAUGAAUGAUGUUGUAGUACACACGGUUUCCCGACUGGUACAAAUGCUGCCUGUCGGAAAUGCGACCAUUUUUGACACUUCUGUGGAUCUUUUCAAAAUGGACGUCAUCGAUGUCAACUCACCAGACGUUUCUCCUAAACGGCAGCUAAAGAACAUAAAAGACAAUCAAUCGAAAUUUCAGCAGCAGCUUCGCAAAGCUGCUUUGUCUUUGACGGAAUCCAUUGACAGGGUGGGAGACGCUUUGCUGGCAAUUUUGCCGAAUGGGAAGAGCUACUAUAGCGCAUUUAAAGCUGACAAUGUCAUAGAAUUGGUGUCAAGAUUCACUAGUAACAACGUGGUACUCCGUGAGGGUGAAGUCAACAUCUCAGCUUAUGUCACAGACUGUUCAGUAAAUGACAGUACAGAUGCUACGAUGAUAAUAAUGGAGAGAAACCUGUUUUCCUGGAAUACAUCCACAAUUGGACAAAAUGUCACCACACCCAUCAUCAUAAUUUCGUUGGGAGAUCGACACAUUGACAACUGCAGUAUGCAGGUGGACCUGGAGACACCUAUAGCUUUAGAACUAACAGAUCAACCGAGACGUAAACGCAGCGCCCUGCAGGAAGGAGGAUUUGGUGGGACGCAGUUAACAGUUAGUGGGGCACGGACAGGCAACAUGACGAUGGCGCAGUAUGCGUUCGACGUCGCUGCGGCUACAGUUGUGGUUGUGAUGCAGCUGUCGUGGUGGGAUCACGCUGCAGCCUACAGGGUCUUCUUCCGUUACGACUCACUGCCGACAGAGGAGCUGUAUGACGACAUGAACAUCGCCAAGGAGGAAGAUGUUGUUCUAGCCUGGCACAGAGGAACAAGGAGCCUGCGGACAUGGAUACCUAACAUCGAGCAACGGCGAGGGAAACUGUACGUGGGGAUACAGACAGCAGGACCUGGUCUCCAAACUGCACCUUCGCCUAGAGAUUACGAACUGCGGGCAUCAACAGUCCACUUGGAUCUUUCCAAUAGCGCCAUCAGAUGCAAUUGCAGCUUCCCCAGGCUGAAGGCAGUCAUUGGUGCCAGCGUACACUUUCCUCCAAAUUCUAUUGACUUCGACAAAGUCUUUGGAAAUCCAAACAUCCUGACGGAAAACAACAUUGUGUUUUACGCGGUUAUCGGGGAGUGGGCUCUCUAUAUCUUGUUGAUGAUCAUUCUGAAUGUGAAUUUUCAGCGUCUUCGAGAAAUGAUGAGUCGGAACUCAGCAGCUCCCAAGAGGAAGUUGCCACAAUUGUCCAUCCUGCCACCAGACAGGAUGCCAGCCCCAUAUCUGUACCAGAUCACCGUCAAUACGGGCUCUAUGUUUGGUUCCGGCACAUCGUCACGUGUUGGGUUCCAAAUAUUCGGCUCAAGGUGCAAAACCGCGGCCAAAACGUUGAAUUCUACUGGAGAAUCAUUGGUGCGUGGAGGAUCCUAUGACUUCAUUAUGCCCAUGAAGAACCCACUGGGCCGUUUGGAAAUACUACAUAUCUGGCACGACAACACUGGUGGUGGUGACGCCGCGUCCUGGUUCUUAAGAGACAUAAUUGUAAAGGACAUGCAGACGGAGUCUGACUUCUCCAAGGCAGAACGCCUUUCCUGUUGCUGGGCUAUUGUAAACAGUAUGAUGGUGGCCAGCGCCAUGUGGUUCAGGGAUGACAACGAUGAUCCCACCAGAGACAUCGUGUAUAACUUGGGAUUUAUUCAGUUCACGUUACAGAUAUUUAUCCUGGCGCUCAUAGCUGCGUUAAUCUGUAACCCAACACCUUCCAACAAGCAGAGGACGUAUGAUAUCAGGGAGGAAGAACUACAUGUGCACCUUUUGGGCCACAAAGCACCAGAGAAAGUUUACCCACCUGAAGCUACCUCCGUGCAAAAGAUGAAAAGGAAAAACCAGCAGCGGCAAAAGUUUUUCGUGCUCCUGCAGAACGCCAGCGUCCUGUUCCUGUUUGUCGCUGUUCUGUUCUUCAUUAGCCAGCAGGAUAAAGACCCGUCUGCUUACCACGCAUCGCAGACGCUGUCCAGCAGGCUCACAGAGGACUUCGACUCGAUCACGACUCCUGAAGACUUCUGGAGCUGGACUGAGGGAGUCAUGUUGCCUGUGUUAUACCCCUCCUUCUGGUAUAACGGGUGGAAGAUGAAGUAUCUAGACCGGCAGUUUCCACUUUAUACCGAGGCCUUCAGAAUCGGCCCGCCACGACUUACUCAAAUCAGGGCGGCACCAGCUACAUCCACCAUGACUGCUCUUCAGCAUAACCACUGGAUCGACAAAUAUACAAAGCGUCUUGAUCUGGAACUGUCCUUCUACUAUCCCUCUCGUAAACUAUUCAGCACAUUGAAACUGACCGUAAUUUGGGAGAGUAUCGGUCAUUUUUCAACAUCUACAGCUGUAGGAAUACACAGGCUUUUCCAGUAUGAAAACGUAUCUGAUUAUGGCGUAAUGACUGCCCACAUUCUCUUCAUAAUGUUGUUUCUGGUCCGCCUCAUCAAUGAUGGGAUAGCUAUAAAGAAUGAAGGGAUCAAGUAUUUUGGUUCCAUCUGGAAUCUGAUGGCGUCUUUGAGCUUACUUGGAUCUGCAGCCGCCAUCUGUAUCUUUGGAAUAAGGCACCACUUCGCAUCUGCAACUCUGGACAGGAUAGUGGAGGCGACAGGUGAACUUGGAAUAGAAAAGUUUGUCGACUUUGAGUCAACGUUUUGGUGGGAUGAUGCCUUCAAGUACGUGCUUGCCGCUGUGGUGUUUGUUGACACAUUGGCACUACUCCGCAUGGUCAAGUUUAACAAGACCAUCGCUCAUUUCCUUGCUCUGCCCGGUGCCAUGAAGAACGACCUGAUCGGGUUUUCAGUUGUGAGCGCCAUAGCUUUCAUGGCCUUCAGCUCGUCAGGAAUGAUUGUAUUUGGCACACACUUGAAGGCCUUCAGCAACGCCAUACACACAAAUUUCGCCUUGUUUGAGAUGUUGUUGGGCAGGUUUGUUGCUCAGGAGAUAUUGGAGGCAAACCGAUAUGUCGGCCCGGUCUACUUCACUUUCUUCAUGAUUUGUAUCUUCAUAAUUCUCGUCAACUUCCUCGUGACCAUCAUCUGUGAUGCCAUCGCUUCUGGUGACUCCAUUGAUGACGACUAUGACCAGGAUCUGGUAGACUACAUCUGGACAAGCUUCAAGGAAAUGUUAGGGAUUCACUCUCCCCCAACGACUGAUAUAACAAAAACAGAUGAAGACAAGCUCUCCGAGCUGAAUGCAAACUUGCGAAAGAUAGAGGACUCUUUAGAUGACACUUUAGAUGUCACAAAGUGUCUGUGGCCAAAGAUUAAGACCGGAUUCAGGGUGUCAACCUCGCCUGUCACACCACGACAUCUCUCUGCUACGCUGUCUUCUGACACAUGUCAGAUGAUUCAGGAGGAAUCUACAUUACUGACUAGUCCAGCCGUAUCUGGUGAUCAAGAACAGGCCCAAUGUCUCCUCAAAGCUCAUGAGGACGAUGCUGCCAGGCUGCAGGAAUUACAAAGCGAGAGCAGGCGGCGUGCAGAGGCGAUCCUCCAAAGAAAACUAGCAGAGAGAAGAAGGAAAGAGCGCGGUGGGAAGGAACAGACCAUCGUGGAGACGGCACAGGACCUGAUGCAGCAACACGCAGCUGAUGAGGAACGGUUAGAAAAACGACAAGCAAGAUCAAGACGCAUGUUUGAGAGCAAACUGCGACAGAAGUUGGCGGCGCGCCGCGUACAAAAGAAGUACAAUGUAGAGUGA